AUGUUUAUCAAAACGCAAAAUGAGGUAGACAGUAAACCUAAAUCAGAAAAAGAAGUCAAGGAUUCUGCCAUCGUGAGAACAAAGCUCAGACGUGUCCUUGAUGUUGCAGUAGUCCCUAAACUUGAAGUCCCAUUCUCUGUAAAGAACAUCAUCUCUAGGAUUGAGCAAGCACAGCUCCAGCGAGCCAGAGAAGACAUUAAUAUGCACCUGAAUGAGAUAAUGAACAACGUGCAUCGGAUAGUAACUCGCUAUGCUAUUGAUCUUAACUUGUCUGCUGAAAAGACUCUCUCCAUUACAGAAUAUAAGAAAAAACAGAGAACCAGUGUUCUGGAUAAAAUGAUUACUUUUUCUCAGAAUGCUGAAAUUAGAGAAAAGACUCUUGCCUACAUUCUGGCCUGGUUGGAAGAAUGGAGUGCCAUUUUGUCUGAGAUGACUGUAAUUGAUAUUGAUGAACACCACCACUGGAUAGCACAAAUGGAGAUAUUACCAGACACAUUAAAAGCUAUUGAAAACAAUGUGAAGUUACUGAGUAGAUUCAGUACAUCUUUCCUUGAAGAAAAGAAGAAACAAAAGAAAAAAACAUUAACUAGAGGUACUCUAUGGAAAACUUGGAAAGAAAGAGUUAUAAAGCGACCUGCAACAGCACAUGCUUUAAGGCCAGAUCAGAUGAUUAGUAAUCAAUUUACAACAAAUAUAAAGAUUUCAGAAAUCCAAGAUAUGCUACAGGAACUCAUAGGCACUUCAAUGUUCAAUAAAUUGGAAAACAAUGCUAUUAAAUAUAUAUCAUCAACAAUAAUAAACCUUUCUAAAGCUUUGAGUUUGCUAAAUGAUGAAUUAAAACUUGUUAACUUCCAAAGUGCCAAUAUAUAUGUAGAUGAGUCAAGCGAUAAAGAAAAAGAGCUCUCCCUGAAGAUAAUACAAGAUCUCAGUGAAGAAAAUGAAAUGCUUCAGCAGAAACUUCAAGAUGCAGAAGAAAAAUAUGAACAAUUUCUUCAAACCAAAGUUGUUACAGAACGCCAAAUAUAUACAGUAUUGCCCACAUCAUCAACCUCGAAAACGUUACCUGGACCUUCUUCACAGUCAUCCACUGCCAUUAUCAAAGCUGGUGACAUAGAUGACAAUAUGGAACGUAUUUUUGCCACAGAAUUUGGAAAUACUGUAGAUGAAGCCCCCCCAAAAGUGAUCAAAGGCUCUUGGAAAAAGUGGGGCUCAGCUCUUUCAUAUAUAGCCCAACCUGAAAUGAUUCCAGGUUUACCUGAAAAACAACAACUUUUACCUGAAAAAAAACAGAAAAAGCCUCCUGAAGAUGAUGUCUAUCAAAAAGAUGAGACUGACCAGUAUCAAUCACAGAAAAGGAAGUACACAGAAGGCUUCUAUGCCAAUGAAACCUCUAGAUCAAAUCUGAGUGAUAAUAAAAUUGAACAAAAAGUUCCAGAGGACAAACCUAAUCAAUAUUCUGAGCUACAAGCACUGGAAAAGAAAAGAAAGGAAAGGAAAUUCUUUUCUGAGGCCAAAUCAAAGUCACCCACUGAAUCACAAAACCAACAUUUCCUUUUGACUGAAACAAAGAGCCAAGGUGGCAAAGAUGGAACAAGUAGUAUGUGGGAGCAACUCAGGAAAAUCAAACAUGAAUAUUUAUCUGCCAAAAGCCCAAUUUCAUCAGAGAUUAAAGUGCAGCCCACCACUGAGUCAAUGGACAAAGAGAGCAAAAGGGAGGUGAGUAGCCUAGUAGAGCUACUCAGGAAGACUCAAUCAGAUUAUACCUCUGAGUCACAGAAAGAGAAAAGAAAAACUAAAAAACACCAUAUCUCUUCAGAAAGUACCAUAAGCAAAGAAGAAAAAACCAAAAAGAAGGCAAUUUUAGCCUUCACCAAAAAAGCCGAGACUCUUCAACUUGUUAAAUCACACUCAAGAAUAGCAAAAGAGUCUUCAGAAUCUACCAGAGCUCUAGAAAGUCAAGAUGACAAAAGUGAACAGAGUAACCUAGAAGAAUUUCAGAAAGCCAUAAUGGCUUUCCUAAAAGAGAAAAUUGAUAACAUAGGAAAGCCUUUUGAUAAAAAGCCUGUGCUGAAGGAAGAGGAGUUAUUAAAAAGAGCAGAAGUUGAAAAAUUGGGAAUCAUAAAGGCAAAAAUGGAGGAAUAUUUCCAAACAGUGGGUGAAACUGUGACUAAAAUCUUGAGGAGAUACAAAGAUAUAAAAAAGGAAGGACAAGUUGAAGAGAAACUUAUGAAACAAAAAAAGAUAGUCUCAUUUAUGCCAGAAUUGCAUUUUCAGAAGUCACCAACUAAUGCAAAGUCUGAAAGUAGUACCUUCCCCUUGUAUGAAACCACAGAUCCAGUAAUUCACAAUUUACUACAAAUGAUCUUGGCUGAAACAGAAAGUGAAAGAGAUGUUCCAACAGGCUCCAUAGUAGUGAAAGACCACAAGGAGAAGGAAAAACAAAGGCAGGAGGGAUAUUUGCAAGAAGGUCAAGAAAAAAUGUUUGGCAUAAGUCUCAAACACCAGUUGCUAGAAAAAAGAAAUCUUUCAAAGGAGAGCUAUGAGAAGAUAGAUAAUAACUUGGAGGAGAAAAAGGCACAGCUCCAGAUGAAGGAGGGAAAGCAAGCACAACAGAAGCAGAAAGAGGGGCAGGACGAAGUGUCAAAGAAACAGCAAAAACAGAGGGCUCAAAAGCAGAUUGAGCAAGAUGAGCAGCAAAAGCAAACGAGAAAGGAGGAAGAAGAGCAUCAGAAGCUUGCACAGCAGCAGAUGGAAGCAUGGAAGCAAAAAAUGAAAGAGCAAGGGAUACUCUUUGAAAAGGAGAAUGGAGACACAAGGCAGGUUCAGAAGGACGUGAGACAUCUGGGGCUGAAAAUGAGAGAGGAGAAAGAGAAGGAGAAGCAGAAGCCAGGGAGAGAGGUAGAGGAUCUCAAAAGGCAGAGGCAGAAUGAAGCAAAGGAUCAGAUGAAGACUGAGGAGGAAAAACCCAAAGAGCUAGUACAAAUGGUCACCCAAACGCCAGUGACAUCGUCUCCCAAGUUGCACAGAUUACUGGAAGAUGAAGGAAAAGAGUUCCAUAGGAAUCUGAGGACUUCAGAGAUUUUUCCUGAUCAAAAGAACUUCAUACCAAUACUUCCAUCCACUUCCACACAAUCCUCCCCAUCUGAGGCCCUUCCCAUCUCUGGACAGCCUCUGACAAAGAGCAUUACUCUCACCCCUCAGCAGGCCGGGGCUCAGGGGACCACUCUCACCCCCCAGCAGGCCCGGGCUCAGGGGAUCACUCUCACCCCCCAGCAGGCCCGGGCUCAGGGGAUCACUCUCACCUCCCAGCAGGCCCAGGACGUGAAGACCACUCUCACCCCCCAGCAGGCCCAGGAUGUGAAGACCACUCUCACCUCCCAGCAGGCCCAGGACGUGAAGACCACUCUCACCCCCCAGCAGGCCCAGGACGUGAAGACCACUCUCACCUCCCAGCAGGCCCAGGACGUGAAGACCACUCUCACCCCCCAGCAGGCCCGCACUCAGGGGAUCACUCUCACCCCCCAGCAGGCCCAGGACGUGAAGACCACUCUCACCCCCCAGCAGGCCCAGGACGUGAAGACCACUCUCACCUCCCAGCAGGCCCAGGACGUGAAGACCACUCUCACCCCCCAGCAGGCCCAGGACGUGAAGACCACUCUCACCCCCCAGCAGGCCCAGGACGUGAAGACCACUCUCACCCCCCAGCAGGCCCAGGACGUGAAGACCACUCUCACCCCCCAGCAGGCCCAGGAUGUGAAGACCACUCUCACCUCCCAGCAGGCCCAGGACUUGAAGACCACUCUCACCCCCCAGCAGGCCCAGGACGUGAAGACCACUCUCACCUCCCAGCAGGCCCAGGACGUGAAGACCACUCUCACCCCCCAGCAGGCCCGCACUCAGGGGAUCACUCUCACCCCCCAGCAGGCCCAGGACGUGAAGACCACUCUCACCCCCCAGCAGGCCCAGGACGUGAAGACCACUCUCACCUCCCAGCAGGCCCAGGACGUGAAGACCACUCUCACCCCCCAGCAGGCCCAGGAUGUGGGGACCACUCUUACCCGCCAGCAGGCCCGGGCUCAGGGGAUCACUGUCACCCCCCAGCGGACCCGUGCUCAGGGGACCACUCUCACCCCCCAGCAGGCCCGGGCUCAGGGGAUCACUCUCACCCCCCAGCAGGCCCAGGACGUGGGGACCACUCUCACCCCCCAGCAGGCCCAGGACGUGGGGACCACUCUCACCCCCCAGCAGGCCCGCACUCAGGGGAUCACUCUCACCCGCCAGCAGGCCCGGGCUCAGGGGAUUACUGUCACCCCUCAGUGGACCCGCGCUCAGGGGAUCACUCUCACCCCCCAGCAGGCUCAGGCUCAGAGGAUCACUCUCACCCCUCAGCAGGCCCAGGAUGUGGGGACCACUCUCACCCCUCAGCAGGCCCAGGACAUGGGGAUCACUCUCACCCACCAGCAGGCCCAGGACGUGGGGACCACUCUCACCCCUCAGCAGGCCCAGGACGUGGGGAUCACUCUCACCCCUCAGCAGGCUCAGGCUCAGGGGAUCACUCUCACCCCUCAGCAGGCCCAGGACCUGGGAAUCAUUCUCACCCCUAAGAAGCCCCAGGUUUUUGGUGACACAUUUACACAAGAGCAGGCCCAGGCACUGAGGCCUUCUCUCAGUCUAGAACAAGUCCAGACAUUGAGAGUUCCUAUCACUUCUACGUAUACCAAGGUACUAAAGGCAUCUGUCACCUCUGAACAGACCCAGGCAAUGCAAAUCCCACUAACUACUGAACAGGACCAGAUAUCUGGGGUCCCUAUCACCCAAGAACAAGCCAAGGCAUUGAGAAUCACUCUUAUGCCAGAGCAGACUCAGGCAUUUAGGGACACCUUCACUCCUGAGCAGGCUCAGGCACUGGAGCCUCUCACUGCUGUUCAGGCUCAGUCACUGGGGCUUUCUCUCACCCCUGAGCAAGCACAAGCAUUGGGGGUCCCUCUCACCUUGAAUAAAGCCUAUACCUUGGGAUCUCCCCUCACCCUUGAGCAAGUCCAACCUUCUUAUAGACCAUUUCAGAAAUUGAAGCCUUCUCUCCCCACUGGGCAAGCCAUUACAUCAAGAUUAUCUCCAAGCCUUAGGCAGUCCCCGGCAUCAUCUGCUCCCAUCACUGAGGAGUUCUCUACAUUUGGGAUCUCUUCUACUCCUUUGCAGAUAUCAGGGCCUCCUCUCACCCAAGGCCCUUUUGCCCCUCAGAAGCCCCCAGAAAUGGGGAUUCUUCCUGACCCUGGGAAACUCCUGGAACCACAGACCCUUCCUUCCUCCAGACAGACCCUGAUAUAUAGAGGUCCAUCCACUCCUGCGCAGUUCCCAGCACCAGAGGUUCCUCCUACCCCUGGACAGCUCCCAAUAUCCAGGGCCCCUCCCACUCCAGGGCAGCCCUUUGUAUCUGGAAUCUCACCCACUUCUGGACAGAUUCCCAGUCUCUGGGCUCCUAUCUCUCCUGGGCAGCCCUUGGUUCCUGGGACCUCUUCCAUCCCUGAGCAGCUCCUGGAAUCCGAACCCAUAACCUUCUCUGAGUUGCCCCAGGCAUUCCAGCCUCUUGCUACCACUGAGCAAUCUCCCUAUCUGCAGGCCUCUUCUACCCUUGGGCAGCAUCUAGCACCACGGACCCUUCCUGGGCAAGCUCCCCCAUUAUGGAUCCCCUCCAUUUCUAGGUAUCCACACCCACCCUUGGCCCCCACAACCCCUGGAAAGCCCCAGAAAGGUUUGUCCUCUUCUGUUGCUAAGAGAAGACUGGCAAUUAUUUCUUCUCUGAAAUCUAAAUCAGCAUUGGUCCAUCCCAGUGCUCCAGAUUUCAAGAUACCUCAAGUUCCUUUAACCACUGAGAACGUCCAAAUGUCAGAGGUCUCUGACACUUAUGAAGAAACCCAGGCACAACAAGACACUUUUGCCAUAGAACCAUGGAGAACAUUUCAGUCCUAUCUCACCAAUUAUAGGAUACCAGUAUCACACACCCCUUACAUGAAGCCUAUAACAUCACUACCUUCUCUUACUACUCAACUACUCAAAACAUCACAGAUCUCACCUUCGGAACGGGACCAGAAAUCCCGAUUCCCCUGGACUUCAGUUUCAGGUACCAAGAAACCCAAGAUGAUGGUGCCCCCUUCUUCUCCCCAAGGGCUUGAAGAGAAGAGGUAUUUUGUUGAUGUGGAGGCUCAGAGGAAGAACUUGAUACUAUUAAAUCAAGCCAUAAAAACUUCUGGACUCCCUUCACAGCUACACACAACAGCUAGGAAUCUCAUAAUUGAGACACUUCAUAUGGACACAGUUCGCCUGGGAUACGUAUUCCGCAAGUACAUUGCCUAUAGGCUGAUCCAAAGAGCCAGAAACAACAUAAUCAAACGAUUAAAAGCCAUCCAAAACACUGGGAAAGGUUAUGAGACCCAGAACCUCUACAUAACAUUGAUCAGAAUUGAUGACUACCAGAAAAAGGUUAUGUGGGUCUGGACUGAGAAGCAGAAGUCUCUAGAGCAGAAACGCAAUCAAUGCCUGAGGGAAAUGAUGUACUUAUUUGGCCAGCUCCAACAGAUGUAUGAGUUGAAUCUUAGGCAACCUAUUCCCUUGAUCACCGAGAAAAAGCAGAUACUUGCCUCUACCAAACCUAUUCCACAGCCAUUGACAAACUUACUAAUAGAAGAUGACAGAAAAUCUGACAUGUUCAAGGAAUUUAGGCAACAACAAGACCAGAUGGAAGCCAUCUGGAAUGUUGAUGUGUCUGUUUCAAGCUACCCAAUAGAAGAGAAGACAUCAAUGCAUUCACUCUGGGCCCAGCUGGGUGGAUACCCAGAUAUUCCUAGGCUGCUUCAGUUAGAUAUUCAGUCUACCUUCAGAAAAUGUCUUGCAUCCAUUCAAUCACAGGUUAAGAAGAUUCCCAAGUGACUGAAAAAUUAAAUACAACCAUGUUGAAAGUAAAUUUCGUUAUUUUCUCAAUAAAAUGCCUAUUUUGCUCUUUUUCAUGUUUAUAUGUA